UCUCUCUCUUAUAUAGUUCAAAUGAGUACUGAGUAGCAUUCACGAGCAGCUUUUCUCGUGAUUGGGGCGACUCACAAGCUCACUUUCCACCAUUAUUCUCCUUAAACAACCCUAAAUUCUGCAGAGUUUGUGCAUCAACAUCAUAAAAUAACUCCGAGUUUGCUGUGUGGAACUGUGAGUUAAUGGAAGAUUGCAGGAUAACCGGCUGAAAUUCCGGAUUUUGGUUGAAUUUCUUGCGUAUAAUCAAGGAGAAUGUCAAGGCCACUUCAUAGAGGUUUUUCAGGUGGGGGGAGGCUUUCAGAGAACAUUCAAGAUUUCUUAGAAGAUUCUCAGAUGAAAUUUAAACCAGAAAAAGAAGAUUUGGAUAAAAACAGAUUAUCUUCUGAUGUUAUGUCUUCAUGGAAUCCAUUUCAAUCUGUAGUUUCAAUCAUUUCACCAUCCAAACAAAGCGUUCCCGAAAAAUGUUACAUCGUUCCCGAUCCGUACAGCCCUCUAUCGUCGAGAAAACGCUAUAAACUAACUUUAUUUUUGCUCAAGUUAAGUUUAUUCGUAAUCGUAAUUCUUGCACUUACGGGGUCGUUUUGGUGGACGAUAUCGCUCACAACGACUUCUAGAACAACUCACACGUUUCGUGGAUACAGACGGCUUCAAGAGCAACUAGUUUCGGAUUUAUGGGACAUUGGGGAACUCUCACUUGGUUCUUCUAGAAUAAAAGAAUCCGAAUUUUGUUCUUUAGAGUCCGAAAAUUACAUACCUUGUUUCAACAUAACCGAAAAUCUUGAAUUGGGUUUGACCGAAGGUCAAGAACAAGACCGCCAUUGCGGGCCCACUUCGAAACAGAAUUGUUUGGUUCUUGCUCCGUCUGGAUUCAAGAUUCCGCAUAGAUGGCCUACCGGAAGAGACGUUAUAUGGAUCGAUAACGUUAAAAUUAACGCACAAGAGGUACUUUCGUCAGGAAGUUUGACAAAAAGGAUGAUGUUGUUAGAUGAAGAUCAGAUUUCGUUUAGUUUUGCAUCUUCUAUGGUUGAUGAUAGUAUAGAAGACUAUUCCCAUCAAAUUGCCGAAAUGAUCGGUUUAAGAAACGAAUCUUACCUUGUUCAAGCCGGAGUGAGAACGGUAUUGGAUAUAGGUUGCGGUUUCGGUAGCUUAGGGGCGCACUUAUUUCAAAAGCAACUUUUGACUAUGUGUAUAGCAAACUACGAGUCUUCAGGGAGUCAAGUCGAGAUAACUCUUGAAAGAGGUCUUCCCGCAAUGGUUGCUUCGUUUGCCGCAAAAAAGUUACCGUUCCCGUCACUUUCUUUCGACAUGGUACAUAGCGCGUGGGACGGGAUUGCGUGGAAUCACAAAGAUGGUAUACAUUUGAUUGAAGUUGAUCGAGUUCUUAGGCCUGGUGGAUACUUUGUUUGGACCUCACCGAUCGCAAACACACGGGCUUCCGUUAAAAACAAAGAUAACUUAAAAAAAUGGGAUUUCGUGCGUAAUUUCGCCAAAAAUCUCUGCUGGGAGUUAUUGUCACAACAAGACAAUACGGUUGUAUGGAAGAAGCCUAGCGAUAAAGAUUGUUAUACAUCCAAGAGUCAAGGUUCGGGUCCAUACGUUUGCAAAGCGGGCCAUGAUGUUGAAUCCCCGUAUUAUCAUCCGUUAGAGGCAUGCAUUGGAGGAACUCAUAGUCGUCGUUGGAUUCCAAUUGAGAAAAGACCAAAAUGGCCUUCUAGAGCCGCAUUGAACCCCAAGGAACUCGCGGUUCAUGGUGUACUUUUUGACGACCUUACUGAAGACGAUUUUAACUGGAAAUCAGCAGUCAGAAACUACUGGUCUCUGCUCUCCCCGCUUAUAUUUUCAGACCACCCAAAACGACCCGGAAUCGAGGACCCGGUUCCACCGUAUAACAUGGUCCGAAACGUUUUGGACAUGAACGCUCAUUUUGGUGGUUUUAAUUCCGCCUUAUUGGAAGCUGGGAAAUCCGUAUGGGUCAUGAAUGUGGUCCCCACCAGUGGGCCCAACAACCUUCCACUUAUCCUAGACCGCGGGUUUCUUGGUGUGUUGCAUGAUUGGUGUGAGGCGUUUCCGACAUAUCCUAGAACUUAUGACUUGGUUCAUGCCGAAGGCCUUUUAUCGCUUGAAACCGCAAAGCAACGUCGGUGCAGUAUAGUGGAUGUGUUCUUUGAGAUAGACCGGUUACUACGCCCCGAGGGUUGGGUGAUAUUACGUGACAUGACGUCUCUAAUAGAAACAGCAAGAACAAUCGCCGCAAGAUUAAAAUGGGAAGCACGAGUCAUAGAAAUUGAGAGCAAUAGCGAUGAAAAGCUCCUCGUUUGCCAGAAACCUUUGAUAAAAAGACGAUCAUACCCUUCCUGAAAAAAAAAUAGUUUAUGAUGUCGAUUUCUUUAUCUUGGAACAUUUUACACGCGAAGACCAGAUGUUUUACUAUACAGAUAGAAAACGAUGCUUCAACAGACAACUGCACAAGGACCAAAAGCAAACCCCGUGGGAGCCGUAAGGCGAACCUGGGACCAAAUGUAAUUACACAAUGAUUUACAGGUGCGAGAUUAUUACUCGUUUUUUUUUUUUUUUUUUCUUUUUAGCGUUUGUGGUGUUAUAAAACUAUACGGAAGAAGAGAUGAAUUUGAUUAUGGUUAUAGGAAUAAGCAGAAGUUGAACAUUAAUAUACAAAGGUUUGAAUGAUGAAGACUAUAUUGUCUUGUU